AUGACUCGUUCGGCAAGCCCAGCUGGCUGCACGCACCAGAGGAGCAACUCGUACGUGGGAAUCAGAGAAGAAAGUAAUGGGCGGGCGGAAAAGGGUUGGGAGAAAACCAGAGUUGAGGAAUUUGAGAGACGAACAGUACCUGGUACUAGGAAUCGGAAUUCGUACCAACUAGAUGGUAAGCCAAUCACCAAGCAACAGCUCCCCCUUCUCUGCAGCUGUUGGUGUACCAAAUGUGCCCAGAAGGGUGGCACAGCGGUUGAACCGGUGCCAACAGGCUGGAGCGGUGUGAAUGUCCGUCUGGUUCCAAGGACACGGCGAGCUAGAAACAGCGCCGCAUGCGGUGCCGGCAGCGGGCCCGGGAGCGAUGAGUUCUGUGGAAGCGAUUCUCUCAAGUCCACUGUGAUGGGCAAGUAG